UCCAUCAUAUUUUGGGGUCCAAAUGAAUUCCUUCAACUGCGUAGAAGAAAAAGAAGCGUUUGGACUUCCUUAUUCACCUCAAUGCCUCAUAUUCCAUACCAGAAAUAACUGCCUGUCAUAAUUUAGUCAAAAAACAAUUCACAUUUUCUUGCAAUUUAGAAGAGCGGUUGAUGCAAAUAUCAUCAUCAUUGCUUCUUCUUAUUCAUAUCUUUCAAGGAGAGAGGGUCAGUCAUCUCUUCCGGCCCAUCUCCACCUCAUUCAACUAAUUUGAUUAAUAAACAAACAUAAUAAAAAUAUGGACCAACGCAAGAAAAAAAAGAUCGCCAUAGUUUCGGUAUGUUCGUUAAUCCUCGUUGCUAUGGUGGUAGCUCUCGUGAUUGGCGGCACCGAAAACGAAGAAGAAGAUACCGUGCCCGACGUAUCUUCCUCCCAAAAGGCAAUAUCGAGCAUAUGCGAAACCACCGACUACCAACAAACAUGCAUGAACAGCUUAGCCGGACACAACAGCACCAACCCUAAAGAUCUAAUCGAGGUCGCCUUUCAAGCCGCCGUCAACUACAUCAAUCAAGCCGCCGAGAAUUCGUCCACGCUUCAACACCUCGAGACGGACCCAAUGGCAAAAUCGGCUCUCCAAGUUUGCCAAGACCUCGCAAACCGCGCCAUAAACGAUCUCCAGAGAUCGUUCGCAAAGUUUAGCAAUUUCGAUAUUAUAAACGUCGAUGACAUUUUAUUGGACUUGAAGAUUUGGCUAAGUGGGGCGAUCACACAUCAAGAAACGUGCCUCGACGGAUUCGAGGACGUGCCCGGAGAAUCUGGUCAGAAGAUGAAAGAUGCCCUUAAAAUAUCGAUGGAAUUGACGAGCAACGCCCUUGCUAUGGUGGCGGAGAUUUCAACGUUUCUCGAAGCUAUGGGAAUGCAGAGCUUCAGUGGUCGUCGUCGUCUCUUAUCGGAAGAAUAUCUUCUUCCGGUCAUCGGACAUGGCGGAGAACUUCCCGAUUGGGCGGAUUUCAAUAAGCGUAAACUCCUCACCGCUUCGCCUAAGGAGUUAAAACCGGACCUCGUUGUUGCUAAGGAUGGGAGUGGAAAGUACCGGACGAUAAACGAAGCUCUCAAAGACAUCCCUAAGAAGAGCAACAAGACGUUCGUGCUGUACAUCAAAGAGGGUGUUUACGAAGAGAAGGUGCAGAUUAAUAGUAGCUUAACACAUUUGAUGAUGGUGGGCGAUGGACCAACCAAGACGAGAAUCACCGGACAUUUGAACUUCAUCGAUGGAACCGGCACCUAUCAGACAGCAACCGUUGCUGUGCAAGGAGAUGACUUCAUAGCCAAGGAAAUCGGCUUCGAAAAUUCUGCAGGCGCGGCGAAGCACCAAGCGGUGGCGUUGCGUGUUAGUGCCGACAAAUCGAUAUUCUACAACUGUCAUAUGGAUGGAUACCAAGACACACUCUACGUGCAUACGUACCGCCAAUUCUAUAAGGACUGCGUGAUCUCAGGCACUGUCGACUUUAUUUUCGGAGACAGCGCAGCCGUUUUCCAAGGCUGCACCCUAGUGGUCCGGAAGCCAAUGGACAACCAGCAAUGCAUCGUCACCGCACAAGGUAGAAAGGACGUUCGUCAGCCGACGGGAAUCGUCAUCCAAAACUGUAGUUUCGUAGCUGAUCCAGAGUUAUAUCCCGUUCGGCACAAAAUCCUAUCGUACCUAGGCAGGCCGUGGAAAGAAUACUCCAGGACGAUUAUCAUGGAGUCCUUUUUGGACGACUUUAUCCAGCCCGACGGAUGGAUGAAAUGGAACGAGACGUUCGCACUCGAAACCCUCUUCUACACGGAGUUCAACAACAGGGGACCCGCCGCUCCGAAAAUGAAACGAGUUAAGUGGCCAGGUGUCAAGGAACUGCCACCGAGCCGUGUCCAGCGUUUCACGCCCGGUGAAUUCCUUGACGGUAAUCGUUGGAUACCCCCGACUCAGGUUCCGUAUGCGGCCGGGUUCAUCUUUCCUGUGCCGAAAGAAGAUCCGAACGUUAAGUACUCACCCGUGGUGCCCGAAGAAAAUAAAGAUUUGGGUAAAAAGAUUGACAAGACUUUGUUAACUGCUGCUAUUGAAUCGAGUAAGGAAAAGGAAAAAGAAAAAGAAAAUAAUUCCGACUCUUCGUCCACUACCCCACCUAGUUCCGGUGGGACCGUCAAUCCAAUGCCGGUUGCCGAACCGCUUUUAAUUCCACAGCCGGUUACGGAGAUAAUACAGAUAGCUACUCCACCACCAGUUCCAGUUUCACCUCCUCCACCAACUCCAGUUUCACCUCCUCCACCAAUCUCGAUUCCCGAGUCAGAGAUAACAAGUCCUCCGAGUUCAUCGCCUACUGGCAGUUCAACUUCGAUUCCAGAUACAAAUGCCGAUGCAGCUGCUCCUCAAUCGGGCUCGAAUUCUCAGCUGGAUUUUGAUGCAUCUGCAUUUGCACCUGGUCAGUCAAACAACGUAGAUGCUUCUUCACCUCUCUCUUCUACCGGUGCUGCCUCUCCUAUCUCGAUUCCUCAGUCGAUUGUAGACGAAUCAAAUUCUCCAACUAUCUCUCCCAUGAGCAGUUCGGAUUCGAUCCCACAGUCUAAUGAAGCUGCCUCUCCGCCUACCGCCACAUCAGCAUCGGUUCCUCAGUCGAAUGAUGCAGCCGCCUCUCCGCCUACAGCCACAUCAGCUUCGGCUCCUCAGUCAAAUGAUGCAGCCGCCACUCCACCUACCACCACGUCAGCAUCAGUUCCCCCGUCAAAUGAUGCAGCAGCCUCUCCACCUACCGCCACAUCAGCAUCAGCUCCUCAGUCAAAUGAUGCAGCUGCUUCUCCACCUACAGCCACGUCAGCUUCGGUUCCCCCGUCAAAUGACGCAGCUGCUUCUCCACCUACUGCCACGUCAGCUGCGGUUCCUCCCUCAAAUGAUGCAGCUGCUUCUCCACCUACUGCCACGUCAGCUUCGGUUCCUCCGACAAAUGAUGUAGCUGCUUCUCCGCCUGCUCCUGUUACUGCCACGUCAGCUUCGGUUCCUCAGUCAAAUGAUGCAGCUGCUUCUCCGCCUGCUCCAGUUACUGCCACAUCAGCUUCGGUUCCUCAGUCAAACGACAUAGCUGCUUCACCACCAUCUCCACCAACUGCCACGUCAGCUUCGGCUCCUCAGGCAAAUGAUGAUGCAGCUGCUUCCCCGACUGCCACCGCAACUUCGGUUUCUCAGUCAGAUGCGGCUGUUAGUCCAUUAUCAUCUAAUUCAAAGGCCGAAGCUCCCUCAAAUAGCUUAUAA